GCGCAAUUCGGGUCAAUGACUUUCACAGAACAGUCCUGCAGACUCUCUCUUGUGUUUUUGUCUCAAAGGGCAGACUUCGAUGAUACCGCGACCUACUCGGCAGUGACGACCAACGCCCACGGUCAGGUGUCCACCAACGCGGCCGUGGUGGUGAGAAGGUUCCGGGGAGACGAGGAGCUGCUCCAUUCGGUGGGACUCCCCAUUGGAUUGCCCCCGUCGUCGGUCAUUCCCUACACGCACUUCGACGUCCAGUUUUUGGAGAAGUUUGGGGUCACCUUCAGGAGAGAAGGCGAGACGGUCACUCUCAAGUGCACCAUGCUGGUGACGCCUGACCUGAAGCGAGUGCAGCCCCGUGCUGAGUGGUACCGUGACGACGUGCUGGUGAAGGAGUCCAAGUGGACGAAGAUGUUCUUUGGAGAAGGCCAGGCCUCGCUGUCCUUCAGCCACGUGCACAAGGACGACGAGGGCCUGUACACCCUGCGCAUCGUGUCCCGGGGCGGCGUCAGCGACCACAGCGCCUUCCUGUUUGUCAGAGAUGCUGACCCGCUGGUCACAGGGGCCCCCGGCGCACCCAUGGACUUGCAGUGCCACGACGCCAACCGAGACUACGUCAUUGUGACCUGGAAGCCGCCCAACACCACCACUGAGAGCCCCGUUGUGGGCUAUUUUGUGGACCGAUGUGAAGUAGGAACGAAUAAUUGGGUUCAGUGCAAUGACGCGCCGGUGAAAAUCUGCAAAUACCCAGUCACGGGGCUUUUUGAAGGAAGGUCUUACGUAUUCCGAGUGAGAGCAGUGAACAGUGCAGGCAUCAGCCGACCCUCCAGGGUCUCGGAUGCGGUGGCCGCGCUCGACCCCAUGGACCUCAGAAGGUUACAAGCCGUUCAUUUGGAGGGAGAGAAGGAGAUUGUCAUUUAUCAGGAUGACCUGGAAGGUGAUGUCCAGAUUCCAGGGCCUCCCACCAACGUGCACGCCUCUGAAAUCAGCAGAAACUACGUUGUCCUCAGCUGGGAGCCACCCAGUCCCCGUGGCAGGGACCCCCUCACAUACUUCAUCGAGAAGUCCGUGGUGGGAAGUGGCAGCUGGCAGAGAGUCAACGCCCAGACGGCUGUGAGGUCCCCGAGAUAUGCGGUGUUUGACCUUAUGGAGGGGAAGUCAUAUGUGUUCCGAGUGCUGUCCGCAAACCGGCACGGCCUGAGCGAGCCGUCGGAGAUAACGUCUCCCAUUCAGGCCCAGGACAUAACUGUUGUCCCUUCUGCUCCUGGUCGGGUUCUUGCAUCCCGAAACACCAAGACGUCAGUGGUGGUUCAGUGGGACAGACCCAAGCACGAGGAAGACCUGCUGGGCUACUACGUGGACUGCUGUGUGGCCGGAACCAAUGCCUGGGAACCCUGCAACCACAAGCCCAUCGGAUACAACAGGUUCGUGGUGCACGGCUUAACCACGGGAGAGCAGUACGUCCGGGUCAAGGCCGUCAACGCCGUGGGGAUGAGUGAAAACUCCCAGGAAUCGGACGUCAUCAGAGUGCAGGCGGCACUCAUGGUGCCGUCCCAUCCUUAUGGGAUCACGCUCCUCAACUGUGACGGCCACUCCAUGACCCUCGCUGGAAGUCCCAAGGUCAGUGGUGGCUCAGCCAUCCUGGGCUACUACAUGGACAAGCGCGAAGUGCCCCAUAAAAACUGGCACGAGGUCAACUCCUCGCCCAGCAAACCGACAAUCCUAACGGUUGGUGGACGGCUUGACAGAAGCUCCCUCUACGAGUUCAAAAUUGCUGCCGUCAACCUGGCCGGCAUCGGGGAGCCCUCAGACCCCAGCGAGCACUUCAAGUGUGAGGCCUGGACCAUGCCAGAGCCCGGCCCUGCAUACGACCUGACGUUCUGUGAGGUCAGGGACACGUCCUUGGUCAUGCUGUGGAAGGCCCCCGUGUACUCCGGCAGCAGCCCUGUUUCUGGGUACUUCGUGGACUUCAAGGAGGAGGAUGCUGGAGAGUGGAUCACUGUCAAUCAGACGGCAACAGCCAACCGUUAUUUAAAGGUCUGUGACCUGCAGCAAGGGAAGACCUAUGUUUUCAGGGUUCGAGCAGUCAAUGCAAGUGGCGUGGGGAGGCCCUCGGACACGUCAGAGCCCGUGCUGGUAGAGGCCAGACCAG